AUGGAAUCUAAUGAUUUUUAUAUAACUAUUUCAUUACCAAUAUCUACUAAUGAACAAAUAAGUUCUAUUGAACAUCUUAUUAUCGAUCAUUCUUGUGCUAUCGAUGAACUUUUCGCUAUAACAUCUUAUACUCCACAUCUUCAUCGUUUAAAAUUGUUGAGUCUUACUGAUCGAAAUGUAAAUAUUAGAAAUAUUAAACCAAUGAUAUUACCAAAUUUAACACAUCUUUCUAUGCAUAUAUAUAGUAUAACGUCAUUUACUAUAUUUCAAAAAUUUAUUAGUAAAUUAAAUUCAAAAAUAAAAAUUUUAUCAUUGACAACAAUAGUUGAAGAUAUUACUUAUCUUGAUGCUGAUCGAUGGGAAAGUUUUAUUUUAACAAAAUUACUUCAAUUAGAAAAAUUUUAUUUUAAAUACAGUGCAUAUUUUGCAGAAAAUUAUGAAACUCCGGUGUAUAUUGGACAACGCGAUCAAUUUAUUUCAUCAUUUUGGCUUCAACGACAAUGGAUAUUAGAUAUUGAAUUUGAAUUUGAAAAUAUCAUUUAUUCAAUCCGUCCAUAUCGAAAAAGAUGGUAUGAAUAUGAUACACAAAAGACGAUGAUUAAUUCUUCUGAUAAAUUAUCAAAAUCUAUUCGACUUAGUCUAGAUGAUCUAUAUCCUGAACAAUCGACGAAGACAAUAUACUUAAAUGAUUAUAUUAAUUAUGCAUUAACUUUAGCACAAAUUUAUCAUUUAGAAAUUCAUGCAAAAAUUUUUUGUAAUAAAUUAAUGGAGAUUUUACAUUUAUUACCUGAUGUUAUAACAUUAAAAAUUUUUUCUUUAUCAAUUUUACAACGAGGAGAUUUAUCAGACGAUGAAAUCGAAUUUCUUUGUAUUCUAUUACCUAAAAAUCAAAUUCGAAAAAUUUGUUUUGAAAAUAUGGAAGACAUGGAUGAACUUUAUAUGUUACUUUUAAUUUGUCCACGUAUUAAUCAUCUUCAAAUUCAAUGUGUUAAUUAUAUGCAUGCUGAAUUGUUAACAGGACUUAUUUUAAUAGAAAUUAAAGGUGUAUCCAAUUCUUUACUUGGAUUAUUAUGUUUUUCUAUUCCAGAAGCACAUGAUGAAAUGAUUGAAAAAUUAGAAAAAAUGAUUGAUAGGGAAAAUUUACGUUUUGAUUUUAUAAUUAAACAUGUUAUGGAUAAAAUUUAUUUACAAUGGAAAUAA